AGCACGCAUCGCCCGCCCUGGACCCGGAAGUUGCGUCACGACGCUCUACGCUAGUCCCCGGACAUAGGGUUUUAUUUCCGGAUUCUUAGCGCGGACUCGGAACGCCGCUCUUCCCUACGCGGUUAGCACAUGCGCGACAGCUCUUUUCCUUUUUCCUCCACUUCUACUAGCUUGCACCGUCCGGGGAGCCGCCGCCACCGCUGCCGAGGAGUCAGGAAGUUCAAGAUGGCCGCCGCGGAGACUCACUCCUUACGGGAACAGCCCGAGAUGGAAGAUGCCGAUAAUUCUGAAAAGAGUAUAAAUGAAGAAAAUGGAGAAGUAUCAGAAGACCAAUCUCAAAAUAAGCACAGUCGUCACAAAAAAAAGAAGCAUAAACACAGAAGUAAACAUAAGAAACAUAAACAUUCCUCAGAAGAGGACAAGGAUAAAAAACAUAAACAUAAGCAUAAACAUAAGAAACACAAAAGAAAAGAAGUUAUUGAUGCUUCUGAUAAAGAAGGUAUGUCUCCAGCAAAAAGAACUAAACUUGAUGAUUUAGCUUUGCUAGAAGACUUGGAAAAACAGAGAGCUUUGAUUAAGGCUGAACUUGAUAAUGAGUUAAUGGAAGGAAAGGUCCAAUCUGGAAUGGGGCUCAUUUUACAAGGUUAUGAGUCUGGCUCAGAAGAAGAGGGGGAGAUUCAUGAAAAGGCAAGAAAUGGAAAUAGGUCUAGUACUAGAUCUUCAAGUACAAAGGGGAAACUUGAACUUCUGGACAAUAAAAAUACUACAAAAAAGAGAAGUAAAAGCAGAUCCAAAGAACGGACUAGACAUAGGUCUGAUAAAAAGAAAAGUAAGGGAGGUAUUGAAAUAGUUAAAGAAAAAACAACUAGGAGCAAGUCAAAGGAGAGGAAAAAAUCUAAAAGUCCAACAAAAAGAAGUAAGUCUCAAGAUCAAGCAAGAAAAUCAAAAUCGCCUACCCUUAGAAGGCGAUCUCAAGAGAAAAUUGGUAAAGCCAGGUCUCCUACUGAUGAUAAGGUUAAAAUUGAAGAUAAAAGUAAAUCAAAAGAUAGAAAAAAAUCCCCAAUUAUAAAUGAAAGUAGAAGUCGCGAUCGAGGUAAAAAAUCCAGAUCCCCAGUGGAUUUAAGAGGUAAAUCCAAAGACAGAAGGUCACGGUCCAAAGAGAGAAAAUCAAAACGAUCUGAAACUGAUAAAGAAAAGAAACCAAUUAAAUCUCCCUCUAAAGAUGCUUCAUCUGGGAAGGAAAAUAGGUCACCCAGUAGAAGACCUGGUCGCAGUCCUAAAAGAAGGAGUUUGUCUCCAAAACAGCGUGAUAAAUCAAGAAGAAGUAGAUCUCCACUCUUAAAUGAUAGAAGAUCUAAGCAGAGCAAAUCACCCUCUCGAACACUCUCCCCUGGUAGAAGAGCUAAGAGUCGAUCCCUAGAAAGAAAACGACGAGAACCAGAGAGGAGACGACUCUCUUCUCCAAGAACACGACCUCGAGAUGAUAUCCUCAGUAGACGUGAAAGAUCAAAAGAUGCCAGCCCCAUCAAUAGGUGGUCUCCAACCCGAAGAAGAAGUAGAUCUCCCAUUAGAAGGAGGUCUCGUUCCCCACUCAGACGGAGCAGGUCUCCAAGAAGAAGAAGCAGGUCUCCAAGGAGAAGGGACAGAGGUCGGAGGAGCAGAUCACGCUUGAGAAGGCGAUCUCGAUCACGGGGUGGUCGUAGACGUAGGAGCAGAAGCAAAGUAAAAGAAGAUAAAUUUAAAGGAAGUCUUUCUGAAGGAAUGAAAGUUGAGCAGGAAUCUUCAUCCGACGAUAACCUUGAAGACUUUGAUGUAGAGGAAGAAGAUGAAGAAGCCCUAAUAGAACAGAGAAGGAUCCAAAGGCAGGCAAUUGUUCAGAAAUAUAAAUAUCUUGCUGAAGAUAGCAAUAUGUCCGUGCCAUCUGAACCAAGCAGCCCUCAGAGCAGUACUAGAACACGAUCACCCUCUCCAGAUGACAUUCUGGAGCGGGUAGCUGCUGAUGUGAAAGAGUAUGAACGGGAAAAUGUUGAUACAUUUGAAGCCUCAGUAAAAGCCAAGCAUAAUCUAAUGACAGUUGAGCAGAAUAAUGGUUCAUCUCAGAAGAAGCUGUUGGCACCUGAUAUGUUUACAGAAUCUGAUGAUAUGUUUGCUGCAUAUUUUGAUAGUGCUCGCCUUCGGGCUGCUGGCAUUGGAAAAGAUUUUAAAGAAAACCCCAACCUCAGAGAUAAUUGGACUGAUGCAGAAGGCUAUUAUCGUGUGAACAUAGGUGAAGUUCUAGAUAAACGCUACAAUGUGUAUGGCUACACUGGGCAAGGUGUAUUCAGUAAUGUUGUGCGAGCCAGAGAUAAUGCAAGAGCUAACCAAGAAGUGGCUGUAAAGAUCAUCAGAAAUAAUGAACUCAUGCAAAAGACUGGUUUAAAAGAACUAGAGUUCUUGAAAAAACUUAAUGAUGCUGAUCCUGAUGACAAAUUUCAUUGUUUGCGACUCUUCAGACACUUUUAUCACAAACAACAUCUCUGUCUUGUAUUCGAACCUCUCAGUAUGAAUUUGCGAGAGGUGUUAAAAAAAUAUGGUAAGGAUGUUGGUCUUCAUAUUAAAGCUGUAAGAUCCUAUAGUCAGCAAUUGUUCCUGGCAUUGAAACUUCUUAAAAGAUGCAAUAUUCUUCAUGCCGAUAUCAAGCCAGAUAAUAUCCUGGUUAAUGAAUCAAAAACUAUUUUAAAACUUUGCGAUUUUGGAUCAGCUUCACAUGUCGCAGAUAAUGACAUAACGCCUUAUCUUGUCAGUAGAUUUUAUCGUGCUCCUGAAAUUAUUAUAGGUAAAAGCUAUGACUAUGGUAUAGAUAUGUGGUCUGUAGGUUGUACCUUAUAUGAACUCUAUACUGGAAAAAUUUUAUUUCCUGGCAAAACCAAUAACCAUAUGCUGAAGUUGGCCAUGGAUCUCAAAGGAAAGAUGCCAAAUAAGAUGAUUCGGAAAGGUGUAUUCAAAGACCAACAUUUUGAUCAAAAUCUCAACUUCAUGUACAUAGAAGUUGAUAAAGUAACAGAGAGGGAGAAAGUUACUGUUAUGAGCACCAUUAAUCCAACUAAGGACCUGUUGGCUGACUUGAUUGGGUGCCAGAGACUUCCUGAAGACCAACGUAAAAAAGUACACCAGCUAAAGGACUUGUUGGACCAGAUCCUAAUGUUGGACCCUGCUAAACGAAUUAGCAUCAACCAGGCCCUACAGCAUGCCUUCAUCCAGGAAAAAAUUUAAGCGAGAUGAAGAAACUCCAAGGGUUUGAGUAAUUAAAUACAAAGACUGAAGAAAUUUCACAGCAGUUUAUUAAUGUAUAUAAACUUAUAAAUAUUUCUCCAGCAAAUUUGAGGAAGCAUGAUAUAUUUGAAUUAACACCAAGGGUGAUAUUUCUUUUAGAAAUGUUAGUUAAUCUGUUUUGUGUCUUAUGUGAAAUUUCACUGUAGAACUGUUUUAAUUGCCAAGACUGCACAAAAUUACAGUGCUAAUGUAUAUGAUUGCAGUUCACAUAAAAGACAAAAAAGCAUCUGUUAUAAAAUGAGUAGUAAUAUUGGGUGGUUGAUUUGUUUUUAGCAGACUUGGCUUCAUUUUGGUCUUCAGAUUAAAUGGCCAGCAUAAAUGCUGUUUAUAUUCACGUUUUCCUAGGUGUGUGUGUGCAGGCCACAGCAGCAUGCCCUUGGUGUAGUCAGUGCCGAAAGGGGGUCUGUUCCUUCUUGAGCCUGCCUGCAGGGAUGGUCUCCUCUUUUAAAGCAGGUUGUGUACAACAUUCAGUACACUGAAGGUAAGCUAAACCAUCAACAUCACUGGUGUUUUAAGAUGUUAUUUUAUUGGAACAAUUGACAAAUGAGGGAUAUUAGCUUUGUGGCAGAAUUCCCUGCAUGUGUGGUAACUGAUCUUAUUUUAUUUUUUGGCAUUGCAACUGUGGCAUAGUUACAAUUUCUGUUCUGUUCAUUACAUUUAAAAUUGGAAGAGUACGCGCUUGAUGGAUAGAGCGCCUUCAGUGUACUGUUUCUUAAUAACUUUACUUUUUUAAAAUCAACUUGCUAUAGACUUUAUAUACAUUUUGUUAAAUACAGUUCCUAGUGACAUAGAAACAAUGCGUAGUUUUCAUUUACUAAUUACAAAUCUUGAGGCCUAAUUCUGAAAGUCCUCAUAUUUAAAGGUUAGAUAGACAACGUAAUGAAAUUUUUAACUAUUUGUAUGUCAUUUUGGAAGUGUACUGCUUUAUGGUAAAAGUGUUUUUCAUUUGUUCAUUGUUUUCAUUAUUUGUGAUCAUGUUGUCUUUCAAUACAGGCAUAAACCUUCCACUCUUGAACAAAGCAGCUGCUUUUUAAAAGCGGUAAUUGCUUCUUUACCUUUUAUUUCUUUUGUAAAUGAAGCUUUUCUUUAAGAAUGUGACUUUAAAGUGUUGUCUAUUGCAUAAAACAGUUGACACUCACUUAUUGUAAAGUGAAGAUUGUUCUACUGCAUGUGAAGUGGACCAUGCAGAUUUCUGUAUGUUCUCAGUAUGCAUCACUAGAUAAUAAAGUCUUUUUUGUGAACAAGGCAUUUGUAGCCAUUUUUAAAAGAUUUUGUCUUCAGUGCUGGUAAGUCAGGUAAACCAUAAAUAGUUAAAAGCAACCUUUUGGUUUUUUUUGUUUUUUUGAAAAUCUUUAGUUGAAAGCAUUAUUUAUUAAAGAUGUAAACCUAGCCAAAAGUUUAUCAUUUAUUAAUGAUUAGGAUCCUAAUUAUUUCAUCAAAAAUCUACAAAUAUUGUCAGCUUUCAGUGUAGUGAGAUUAUUCCUGUAGGUUAUAGGUAUAAUUCAGGAUUUAACUAAUGUUUCUGCUAUUUUCUCACUUUUCCUUUUGAUGGUGCGGAAAGAGAAAAAGGAAAACGGGGCACAGGCCAUUCAACGCGUUCUCCAAGGGGUCUGAUUUGCUGAGACACCAGCUUCACCUUCUUAACAAGGUGCAGCUCAGUGGAAGAUGAUGGCAACCAGAAGACAUGAGCUAAGGGUAAGGGACUGUUCUUCUGAAGAAUCUUUCCAUUUAGUGAUCAAGAUAUGGACAGCAGAUCUCUGAAAGUGCUCAAUGUAUAUCCCAAUUGUUCGUGGUACCAUCUGAAUUGUAACUUGCAUUUUAGCAAUGCAUGUUCCCAGUGGACUUAUUGGGAAACUUAAUAAAAUAAAAUUUGCCUCUUGUUACCA